UCCGCGGUCAGUGUUGUUCGAUUGACCGGGUAUCCGUAUUGCGCGCGUUUUCCGGCGUUAAUUCGUACGACUCUCUUAAAUAAUCUAGUGCGCGAGCGUAUCGUUUUCGAAAAAGAAAACUACCUCAAAAAUUGACUGGCGAAUCACGGUUUCCGACUCCUGUUGAGCUGCAAAAGGUGCGUGAAUUUGUCGGUUGAUGGUGGUGAGCCCUCGAAGCUCGGGUGAGUGCGUGCCCCGCACACUCGCCAAAAUGAAGAUGGCGGAGUUCCCUAGCCAGCAGAGCGAUGACCACUGAGCUCCUGCUCUCGAUGAUGCCACUUCUCCACGAUUCGACUUCAUCCCCGGGCACCUGAAGCUCCCCAGUGCGCGCGAAUCUCAUCACCCGACCUACCGCCAAUCGUUCAAUAGGUCGCGAGUGCCACUGACCAAAUUUCGAAAUUCAAGGGUAGCGGGUGGUGAAUUUUUGCCAAGAGUUUCGCUAAUUUGCAGGACUCGUCGCAUUUCGACCUGGAGGCCCGGCUUCCCGGGACGGGUAAGAUAUGGAGUGACACGCUCAGUGCUUGCUUUCGCCAGGUGGUGACUUUCCACCAGGAAGUGGAGAUUUAGACAUAAGAGCACGGAGUACGACGGAUCGGCGACGACGGCCUUCUUCAUGCCGAUGCCGGCCGAAUACCACGAGAGCCACGGUAACCACGAGAACGCCAAUUUCGCUCUCGGGGCCACUCAGCAAGACGCCAGCAACAUGACGGCCAACAUGUACCGGGUGGGAGAUUAUGUCUAUUUUGAGACAUCUUCGACCUCGCCCUAUCAAAUACGAAGGAUAGAAGAACUAAAUAAGACGGCCAGCGGGAAUGUAGAGGCAAAAGUGAUGUGCUUCUUUAGGCGGAGGGACUUACCUUCUACGCUUAUCAUGCUUGCGGAUAAGCAUCAAUGUAAGUAA